AUGGUCAAUCCUAAUCCUCGAUCUACUAAUGCAUGUGAGACGUGCCGGAGACGCAAGGUCAAGUGCUCCGGCGAAAAGCCCUGUCGCGCUUGUAUCAAGCAUAACUGGGAAUGUGUAUUUGGUCAUUCCGGGCGCAGGCGUUUCUCUGAGGCUCAAGUGAAGCACCUCUUGGAUAAAAUCCGAGCCUAUGAGGAACAACUUCAAUCCAAGUCCACCGGGGACACAGCAUCUUCUGUUCCUUCUCCUGGUGAAGGACAAGCGACAACUAGUCUGCGGUCCUUUCAAGGUGGUUCUCCAGCCACUGCUAACACACCUGUCAAUCCGGCAGAGGAAGAUUUAUUGUAUGCCGAUGAUAAAUCUGCUAUAAGCCCAGCAACGGACUUGGCUUCCGGGCCUGCCUUCGAAUCUCAAGUCAGAUCUCUUCUUGACAAUUCCCGUGCAAGUGAAGCCGCAUUUCGUGGAGCACACUCAUCCCCUCAUGCAUCAAGUACGCCAGGAUCUCAAUGGUCAUCGGUCAAAGAGCUCGUCAGUGAUGCACCAGAUCUGUCUAUUCCGUCAUUGGAGGAGUCACAAUACCUACUUGAUCAAUUUCUCUUCUAUCUUGGUGUCAGUCAACACUUCUUCGACCCACGAUCAUUUUCCGAUAACCUGGGACUACUCUUUCAGUCCCCGGAAACAAAACACAGACAGAUGAACACUACUUGGUUUGCGGAAUAUCUUUUAGUUAUGGCCAUGGCAAAACUCAUGGAUGUCAAAAAUCCCACGUCCCAGACACCCGGGGCAGAUCUGUUUGCAGAGGCACUGAAGCUGCUUCCUCCAUUGCAUCAGAUGGGUGGAGAGGGAGUGAUGGCAGUUGAGAUAUUGACCCUCAUUGCAACUUACCUGCAAUGGUGUGACCGCAAGCACGACGCUUAUUUACAUAUUGGGCUCGCAUUACGACUGGCCAUAGCCCUCGGCUGCAAUAUACAGGAAAAUGAACAAAGAUGUCUUCCUUCUGAAAGUGCCCACAGGCUACGACUUUGGUGGACGGUGUACAUGUUGGACAGGCGCCUCUCUUCUGGUCUCGGACUGGCGGCUGGGGCCGAUGAACGACAAUUACGCACCGAGCUGCCUCGUCACGCAGUCGGAUUCCAAUCUCCAAUCGCCCUCGCUAUUAACGUGCGCAUCGCACGGGUAACAGACGAAAUCAUGUCCACUCUCUAUGGUAACAAAUCCAUCACCCAGCUCGAAUUGGUCCGUAAUAUCCAAGACAUUCUCCAAGAACUGCAUGACACGGGUCGCUCGUUCCCCAAGACGUUAGUCCUCGACUUCAAUCGCCCUCUGUAUUCAGUCACUCGUACAGGGGCGUCUUUAUAUUUGAUGCUAUUUCAAGCAAUAAUCCUAUGUACCCGGCCCAUACUCUUGCAAAGAGCUCGGUUAAAGGCACAGACAGAACACCGUUUACAGGGAUCCGACUCGAUACCCAACAUCCUCCUUCGUCUUUGCGAGACUUGCAAUGAAGCAGCCACAAGAAGUCUUGCCAUCCUUGAGUGUCUUCGACAGCAACAAACGAUCCCCCGGUAUGGCUUUUUCGACCUAGAUGCCACCUUCUCCGCUGCCUUUGUACUAGUAAUGGUUGGAUUCCUUGAUCCGUCUCAAAAAAAACCACCUAAGUCACUCGAUGAAGCAUUCGACGUACUCCAGUUUUUGUCUCAAGCAGGGAACUCAGCAGCCGAGCGACGCCUCCAAGACAUUGCCCACUCCUGUUCCCGCGUUUGGCCAGACUAUGUCUUUAACACACAUGAUCGAGACAGUGCACCACUACGUCGGCAGAAGAAUCGAUUUGGAUCAGAUUCGAGACAAUCCCCAUUGGCGAGUUCUUCAGGCUAUCCAUCCAAUGACUUUGGCUCCCGCGAUCGAAAUUACCAUUCAGAUGAAUCCAGACUACUUGAGCCAUGGCCACACAUUGAUUUCGCAGAAUCCAUGUUUGACAUGGACGUGGAUUGGGACAUGGAUCUUUCUGGGGAGGCAGAAGGGAUAUAUUCAAGCUUCCACAAUCCCACCUUGCCUCUAACGGGUGUUGACUAUAUUGACUGGUUGGAGAUUGAGAAGGUGUUUAGUGGUCCAUGA